CAAGAAGAAGAAGAUAUUCAGAUAUAGGGCUUUAACGGUAUGCGCGCCGAACCGAACGGAUACGGCCAUAUCGAUUCUAUGCGAGAUCGCGCGGAACCAGGAUACCGCCAGAUAUCAAGCGUGUAGGUAACCUGGCUAGUUCGCUAAUUUGUCUAACUGCUGAUAACUAAAAUGGACACAAAUAUACCAGAGAUUGAAGACGCUCCGUCGUCUCUAAAAUCGGUUGUUUGGAAACAUUUUGGUUUGGCGGUAAACUACACGAACUCUGGGCAGCGAGUAGUGAAUCGGAGGAAGGCCGUAUGUCGGCUUUGUUUCACCGAAGUCGGGUGUCUCACGGGAAGCACAUCUAACUUGAUGAGUCAUUUGCUUCGACAUCACCCGUUUUUGUCUUUUGAAAAUACGCCAAGCCAACACCGAAAGCCUCUCAGUGCGUACAAGCAGCCUCUCGCUGCGGGUUCAGACCGAGCUGCAGCAAUAACGGACGCCAUUGGAGUAUUUAUUGCCGCAGAUAUGCGACCGUGCUCGGUCGUGGAGAACACAGGAUUCAAGCAUCUGCUCAACGUGCUCGACCCACGUUAUAAAGUUCCCACGCGAGAGCAUUUCAGCAGUGCUGUAGUACCCGCCCUGUAUAAACAAACACGAGCUGUAGUCAUCUACGAGUUAUCCGCUGCACCUUCUGUUGCUCUCACCGUAGAAGAAUGGACUUUACGUGCCACAGAAAGCUAUUUAACAGUGACUGCCCACUACAUCAGUCCAGACUGGGAGAUGAAGAGUCCUGUUCUGCAAACUCGACCUGUUUAUGAACACAAAAGCACUAAUUAUGCAGAAAAACUAAAGGAGGUCGUGGCAGAUUGGAGUUUGGAGCGGCCAAGAUGCACCAUUCCAGUCACAAGCGACAAUGCCAAAAAUAUUGUCAGUGCUGUCCUCGAAGCCGGACUGGGUCCACAAAUUGACUGCUUCGCACACACUAUCAAUUUGGCUGCGCAAAAAGCAACCGCAGUCUCCCAGGUUUCUCGACUUCUUGGAAAAAUCAGACGGCUUGCGUCUUUUUUCCACCGUAGCACAGCUGCUGCACAUAUUUUGCUGACCAAGCAGGAGAUGCUUGAAGUCUCAAAACAGCCCCUGGUGCAUGACGUGCCCUCCCGCUGGAUCUCCAGCUUUGACAUGGUGGAGCGAUACAUCGAGCAGCAGGUCGCCGUUCACUCGGCGCUUACAGAAAAGGCCAUCAAGAACAAAGACAUUGUUAGUUUGACCGACAAGGAAAUGGCAGUUGCAGAGGGUGUCAUUGAGGUUCUCAAACCCCUGAGAAUCAUCGCAACCAUAAUCACUGAAAGCACACCAUCCGUUUCCAUGAUCCUACCUCUUAAAACCCGGAUUCUGAAAUCCAUGGAGCGAGAUGAUGGUGACAGCGCCACUGUGAGGGAAAUGAAGGCGGUCAUCACAGGGAACCUGCAGGACAGAUACUCUGGGGAUGAUCUCCAAGAAUUUCUCCACAAAUGCACUGCUCUGGAUCCAAGGUUCAAGAGUCUUCCUCAUGUGGAUCGUGCCUGUCGUCAACGGAUCUAUGACACUCUCACUAAAGAGAUUAUGGCAAAUAUAGAGCAGCAGGACAAUGCUCCAUGCCACACAGCCAGGUCAAUCAAGGUGUGGAUGAAGGACCACCAGAUCAAGACCCUGUCAUGGACAGACCAAUCUCCAGACCUGAAUCCCAUUGAAAUCCUCUGGAAUGUGAUCAAGAGGAAGAUGGAUGGCCACAAGCCAUCAAACAAAGCCAAGCUGCUUGAAUGUUUGCACCAGCAGUGUCAUAAAUUCACCCAACAGCAAUGUGAAAGACUAGUGGAGAGUAUGCCAAGAUGCAUGAAAACUACGAUUGAAAAUCAGGGUUUUUCCACCAAAUAUUGUUUUCUGAACAUUAUUAUAGUGUUGUUUAAAAAUAAAUAUGAACUUGUUUUCUUUGCAUUAUUCGAGGUCUGAAAACACUGAAUCUUUUUUGUUAUUUUGACAAGUUGUCAUUUUCUGCAAUUAAAUGCUCUGAAUUUGGGUGAAAUGUUGUCAGUACUUUCUAGAAUAAAACAAAAAUGUUCAUUUUACUCAAACACAUGCCUAUAUAUAGUAAAUCCAGAGAAACUGAUAAUUUUGCAAUGAUCUCUUCAUUUUUUCCAGAGCUGUGUAUAUAUAUAUAUACAGUACUGUGCAAAAGUUUCAGACACUUGUGAAAAACUUUCAAAGUGAGGAUUUAUAAAAAAAAAUAAUGCCAUAAAUAGUUUUCAUUUAUCAGUUACCAUCAUACAAAGUCCAGCAAACAUAAAAAAGCUAAAUCAAUAUUCGGUGUGACCACCUUUGCCUUUAAAACAGCCCCAAUUCUUCUAGGUACACCUGGACACAUUUUUUCUUGGUUGUUGGCAGAUAGGAUGUUCCAAGCUGCUUGGAGAAUUUGCCACAGUUCUUCUAUCUAUUUAGGCUGUCUCAAUUGCUUCUGUCUCUCUAUGUUAUCCCAGACUGACUCGAUGUUCAGUUGGGAAGGGGGUGGGGGGGUGGCUCUGUGGGGGCCAUGCCAUCUCUUGCAGAGCGCCCUGUUCUUCUAUUUACAAAAGUAAUGUUUGGGAGUCUAACAUUUAUAUUUCCUAUUGACACACUAAAGCUGAUGAUAUAAAUAACCAUCUUAAGACAAAUAUUUUUGUGAAACAUCUUAUGUGCCUAAAACUUUUGCACAGUACUGUGUGUGUGUGUGUGUGUAUAUAUAAAUAGGUGUAUAUAUACAGUAUAUAUGUAUAUGUGUGUAUAUACAUUAUGUAUAUAUAAACUUUAAUUUCUUGACUCAAAAAUUCAUGAUAUUUGUUUUUAUAUAUAUAUACUAUAUAUAUAUAUAUAUAUAUAUAUAUAUUAACAAAUAUAUUGAUUUUUUGAGUCAAGAUAUUAAAUGUUUUUUUGUUUUUUUUUAAGUUACACCACAUGAUUUGAUUCUGAACAAAAUGCAUUUUCUUAAAAAUGUCCCAAAAUCUGAAAAAAUAAAUCAGUGUUCAUGGUCUAAUUGUCCUCUCUGUUUUAUGGUUUUUGUCAACAUAAACAACAAAAUGUCAAUCUACAUGUUGGUUACAACACAUGACUUUGAUUUUCAAAUUGCCUAUUGAAACUAUUGUUUCACUGCUUAUUUUUUAUUUUUUAAAGAAAUCUUAAUAAAAGUUUAUUCUGCACUACGCAUGCCAACAUUUGUUGUUUUUCGUUAAUUUCAUCUUUUAAUAAGACUUUGGCUUUUUUGGGGGGGGG